UAUACCUCCGUUCGAGAUGUCCCAAUGGAGUCAAAAGGCGAACGACCAUAUACCCUUCACGGGGCUUAAAGCCAUCCCAGAGAUUGAGAUAUGCCAAGUGCCAUUCGACACAUCUGGUCCCGGGUGGGGAGAUCGAGCGGCAAGGUAAGAAGCCCAAAGGCCGUGCGGCAGUAUCCGAUGCGGAGUUCAGGUGGCGACGCUGGCCGAGCGUAGGACUGUGUUUGACGGUUUCCACCGCAUGCGAGGCCGGUAAGUGGUUCCCGAUGGUUCAGGUAGUAACAGAGCUGACAUAAAGACUCACUGAGUGAGAAAACCACCGAACGGCGGAAGGCCUGCCUGUUCAUGCGUCAGUUGAUUCUUACCCCUGUUUCCCCUCCUGACGAAUGUUCUUCCAUCUGGUUUUAGGAUGGACAACCGAUCAGGAACCUUGUAGUAAAUCCUCCCUGGUCCGUUCAGGGAUUCCUAAAGGGUAGUCAAGACUACUUGUGUAGUUUGGAAUUCCAUCGAUUGGUGUAUGGUCAUCCUGACAUACCGGUCGGGGAAAGCCUCUCAGGCAGGCCGACGGGAUCCUUAAGAAGCUUCUCUCGUUCGGGGGGGAGGCUGCAACUGCUAACCGGAUGGGGUCCUCUCAGAGCCACUUGGUCGUCUCCCGGCCGACAAAGAUGUUUCCUGUGAUUUUUAAUCGACCUUGCUGAAGCAUUUGCGCUAAGAGACUAGUGUUUUCCUUCCGAUCGGCAGAUACCGCACUUGCUUGGAGGUACCAGGGGCUUUUGAUUUCCCCGGUGGUAUGAUUCUGCAUACUCAUGUCCGAUGAAGAGAAGCUACCGGUGAAUUUCCAGGUGGAUGUCUUCUCUAGUUAAACGACCAAUGCUUCUGAAGUUGGGCGGGUUACUUAUUCUGUUGUCUUCUCUAUCAAUUGCAGCUGCUGGUGGGCGGAGUGAGUCUGCAAUUGGGGUUCCAACGAGCGGUGUUCCAUCAUCCGGGUCAUACCGGUCGGGGAAUUGUGUCACUUUGGUCAUGACUUAUUCAGCCUGCUGAAACCUCUGGAUUGAGAGGAGGCUCAAGCUUUCUACCGAACGACAGGUACCGAACUUGUGGGGGGGAUGCUAGGGGCCAGAUUCCACCGAGCACCGGGUCUACACCUUCCCGUUCGAUAAAGGAUAUUGCAGUUGAGAAUCCAAGUAAAAUUUUUUGGGAGCUAGCUGCCGGUCCGCUUUCAUCCUUCUGUACCAUGUAGCGGUGCUUAGCCUGAGACUUCCAGGAAAAUCUAACCAGUGCCGGAAUCCGGCGUGCCUCGUGAUAGAGUAUAUAUCUAGAGAGAAGUGAGAGCUAGAGAGAGAAGUGCAAGUAAAUGCUCCAAUAGAAUGAUUUUGUACCCCUAUAACUACCUCCAGAGGAAGUAUUUAUAGGAAAUAUACGGACUGGGCUCCCAAGCCUUGGGCUUGGGAGGCCCAUUUACAACUGGACCGCUAUUGGGCCGAAUACAAAGUAAAUGAUGGGAUAUAUAAAUGAAUAAGUGUAAAAUCUAGUUCUGCGAGUCCUCCGUGGCCGACGAGGGUCUGGCCGACGAGGGCACGGCCGAUGAGGACACCCUGGUUCCCUGGCUUCAGGAUCAUAUUCGGAGUCGGUCCCUCUUCGGCCGACGAGGGUCCUUUGGCCGACGAGGGCAAUGCGUAGUGGCUUGUACUUUCUGUUCUUCUGAGUAUGUGGGUCCUUGGGCCUAGACCCAUAUACUCCAUCAGGAGUCCCCCACUCUCUAAGCUGAGAUGUAGACGAAGUGAAGGAGAGUAGAUUUCUGUGCUUGAUGCUCUUGGCCGAUGCGGGACCACGUUGGUCGUUCCCUGUCGUGGCGUUUGGCGGCCCUGUUCUGAGUUUGACCGUUACCCGUUCCUUGAUGUGGACGAGGAAGGCUGUUACUCCUUUGGUGCGCUUGUUUGCGGACGAUGAGUGUUCCGGCAUGAAUGGCCGAUGAAGGUAGUGUCUAUCCUUGGUCGUUGAUGGUUGAACUUCCCUUUUGGGCUGAUGAGGCUGUUGGGGUUGCGCCUUUUUUUUAGGACGACGGGCGUCUAUUGUCUUGGGUGGCCGGUGAGGGUGUUGUGCAUUCCUUUUGGCCGUUGUGGUACAUGGACGAUGGUGAUUCAGGUACGUCAACCUCCUGUUCUUUGAUUCCUAACCGAGAGUGGUUUGUGGUCUCAAAGCCGAUAAGUGUCCUGUGAUUUCAAGCUUUGCUGCGGCCGAUGGUGCACCACGAUGUUAUUGACGUUGUGGUGCAUGUCUGAUGUUUGUAGUUGUGGACUUGGUAUAUUUUUAUUUUCUCAUUUUGCCUGCUAUUGUUGAGGCCGGUGUAGUCCCCCAGUCCCCCACUGCUUCAGGCCGAAUAGUGAGUGAGGGGUGAAGGAGUAGCUUGAAACUUAGGCCGAAGUGGGGUCCUCAUACUGCCCUUGGAUCCAACCCUUUGGCGAUUUCCUGACCAAGGUAACCCUGUGGGAGAACCCUUGGACGCAGGUCGCUUUCAAAGGGUUAUCAUCAAGGGUUUAGGGUGAGGACCUUAUGGCCGUUAGGUUCCCUUCCUUUGGGCUAUUGUGGCCGUUGUAAAGCGUUCCUUUGCGUAAUACGCAUGGCCGCUUAGAUGGCCGAUACGGGUGCGAUGUGGAUGGCCGUUGGCUGUGUUGUUUUUCCCUCCUUGAUCCGUAGGGCCUGCUUUGGUGGUGGGCCGCUGAUUUGUGGAGGGGGUUUGGCCUAUAGACAGAAUGGUGGCAUCCCAUUGGUGGCCGUUGGUGUGACCACUAAGGUGAUGCCACGUGUAGUUACCGUUAGGAGGGGGGCUAUAAAUACCCUCCCGUUCCGAGGACUGCCUUCAUUUGCAUUCUUAGUAACGAAGUGCUGCCCAAAAUUUUUUGAGAGAUAAAGCCUUUGCUGAGUGUUCUUCACCUUCUUCAAAACUUCAAGGUUAGUUCUUAAAUCCGUUCUUCUACUUCUUACAUAUUUUGCUCUUUCUAGGCUUUGAUCCGGUGUUAGUCACAAAAACACUUUAGAUCUAAAGUAGCUCCCCUUAGUGCCUUAGGAGUUGUUAAGAUGAAAUACUUAAACGAGGAGUAUUACCCGUACGACGACGAGCCUUCUGCCAAGUCUCUUGACUACGAUGUGAUCGAGGAGUGCGCCGAAGAGAUCGAACACCUGAGCCCGUAUAAAUCCGGAGAUAAUGCGGACGUGGAGGACGAGGACGAAGGGUCCGCUUCGUCAUCCGAGGGUGAAGAUGCAGGGGUUACCCGCGUAAUGGACGGAGCGUCCGCCUCUACUACCAUCCUGUGCCCGAAGCCGGUGUCUGCUGUGAAGGGGCUACCGCGGCCGAAGAGGAACAGAUGGCCGAAGAAGGGGCCAGGUUUCUCUUACCUGGACCUUACCAACAUUUUCCUCAUCAAGCCGGAGAGCAGUGCCGCUGAUUAUUUGGUCGCACAGAUGUAUGUGGGGCCGUUUGGGAGGGUUAGGGCGCCUAGGCCGAUGGACCACGUGCUUAAUCCGCCACCGGGAUACUUCGGAGUGUAUCCGAUGAGCUUCGCCAAGGGGCUGAGGUUUCCCCUUCAUCCCUUCAUCCAGGAGUAUUUGGACAUGGUGGGGCUCCCUCCGGCCUUGCUGACUCCUAAUAGCUACUCGCUGAUGGUGGGGUUCCUUCUCCGUUGUGCUGAGUUGGGUUACAGGCCGACAACGGCCCUCUUCAUGAACCUCUAUCAGAUUGGCCGAGGGAGCCACAUGAAUUGCGCCUACUACGCCACUCUGCAGCAGCUGCCGAAGAAGAGGACCUUCACGGACUUGUCUUCAUCCAUACACGGUUGGAAGAGCAAGUUUGUCUUCGUGUCCCUGGGCGAGGGUGGCACUGAGUUCCCCUCCGUCGGCCAUGAUGGAAGGUUUACUCUUCAUGACCCGCCCAAGAGUUCAAUCCUAGAUGCUCAGGUGGCGGCGUUCUUGGAGGGGGGGCGAGGAGUGUGAAGGAUUACAUCACGGAGUACAAGAUGACCGCUAUCGGCUUCUUUAGAUACUUCGUGUAUGGUGAUAAGGAAGAUGACCUCCAACUGUGGCCGAAGAUGACCACGACCUUCGAGGAGGCCGACGGCCCCGAUCUGGGCGUUCCUGCUGAAGCUGAUGACUUCGUAAUGGACCGACGAUCCGUGAUGAACAAGGCCGCUGCGAGGGCCAAGGCGGAGUUGGCCGACAAGGAGGCUGCGGCGAAGGCCGCUGCUGGUGGUGAUGUGAAGGCAGAGGAAGCUGACUGAGGCCGGUAUGCAGCCCGCCAAGAAGUCGAAGAAAGCUUCAUCCUCUGCCAUUGCCGAUGAGGCCGGCGUACUAGUUGUCCCGAUUGCGGACGAAGGAGGGUCCAGUGCUGCUGCUGCCCUCGUGGACCUUACCUCUGGUCUUUCCAGAGAUGGUUCUCAACCCCUUUCCCUUGCUGAGGACUCCCGGCCGAAGCGGUCCGGCAAGGAGGUGGCUACAUCCACUUAUAAGCUGGAGGUUGAAUACCCCAAGGACGGGGGGGUUUUCAAUGAUGGCGUUGACGGCCACAGCGUGCUCUCUCAGGCCAUCCCGGCCAAGGACCGGGUGUAUCUUGACAAGCUAGGGGAUGUCAAGAUAUACGACGGUGGGAUGGACCUUGUCGUCCAGGGUGCCUUCAUGCUCAUGGAGAGCAACAAGAGGCAGCAGCGGGAGAUUGCCCGCUUGAGGGAGUUCAAGGAGAAGGCAGCCUCGGCCUAUGAGGCCAUGAGCUGCUUAGGGAGGCUGCGGGAAGACUUUGCAGCCUUGCAGAAAAGGGCCGAUGAGGCCGAUGCGGCCAAGGAAGAGGCCCUGGCAAAACUGGCCGAAGAGAAGGGUGUCCGCGAGGCUGAUCGUCGGCGGGCAGAUGAGGCCGAGAGGGCCAAGGCCGAAGCUGAGGUUGCGGCAGUGAAGGCCGCUGAUGAUGCAGUGGCGAAGUUCCUGGCCGAAGGCUGGAAGGCCGACGAGCGCCUGCCCUGGUGUUAUGAGGUCGUAGCGGCCAAGCUUGAAGACUGGGGGCAGAAGUCCCCUACCGUCAAGGAAUGUUUCGAACGUGAAAUGUCCGUGUAUUACAACAUGGGCCAGCAUCGGAUGCAGAGGCUCAUUUAUCGGUGGCUGAGUCGCGCUCUUAGGGCCCUGAACUAUACUCGGGGUUGGGCCAGGCGGAACCUGCAGCUUCCCAGGUUGAUGAAGGAUCCGGAGGAGCAGAUCAACCUUCCUCUGUGCGAUAGGCAGGCUCCCAUAGAGAGUUCCGGCCUCGGCGAACCGGACUACGAGGAAGAUGAUUUCUUGGACGACACCGCCACUUCCGCCAUAGAGGCCAGCUUGGAUGCCGAGACCGAGGAGGGUGCCUAGCUCGUCAUUAACCAGGAUG